AUGGUUAUAAGUGAUGAGAAUGCAAUCUUCUAUGAUAUAACCCUCAAAUACUCUUCAUCUGUUUUUGAAAAAUCUUUUCAAUUAAAUGAGGAAGUUCUUCCUACUUCCUAUGUGAUAACGAAACAUUUCAAAGAAAUCAAGCAUUUUCUCAGGUUUCUCAUGAAAAAACUUAGAGUUAACCAUUAAAAAAAAGCAAAUGACUAUAACAGUAUUCAGUUAGAAACUAGCAGAUUAUAUUUGUAUGGACUUUUUCAAAGAGAAAAUACCAAGUUUAUCACUGAGAUUCAUAGAGACUAACAUGAUAGAGCAAAAAAAAACCUCGAAUAUAUGAAAAAUGGUCUUACCCACGCAAUUAGCAUUUUGAAUGCUCUCUCACUUGAAUUUCUAUGGAUGGAUGAUAUAACUAUCAAUUUCUUUGAGAAUAUUCUAAAAUAAGGAUUCAUGUUAAAACAAGCUGGAGGAAGACCUACCACUAGUAAAUGUUGGUCAACAUGUCUUCAACCUAUGAGAUACUCUAAGAAAUGGUUUAUUUUGACUAAUCAAUUUCUAUGCUAUGUUGAAAAGCCAUUCCCUAAGAAUAUUCAGGAACUAAAUUCAUUAUUUGACAAAGAUCUGUCAAUAUAACCAAGAAGUACAAACACUAGUGAACUGAAAAAACUCAGCAAGAGCUUUUAAUCAACUAACAAUGAUAAUUUUCAGUUAAGAGAAGUUAUAUUGAUAGAUAAUCAGUGGGAAAUGAAGAUUAAAAAUCGCCUUAACAAACCUAAAAUUCAUAUUACUACCUCGAAUCGAUUAUUGUCGGUAAAAUUCGUUCAUAAAGAAUUCUAUUCCUGGAGAUAAAAGAUCGAAAGAGCAAUCGAUUUAUCUCCUUGGAGCUACAAACUUGAAAGAUUUGUAUAGGAUUCAUUUGCUCCAAUAAGAAGAGGAAAUAAAGUAAGGCUAAUGAUUGAUGGAGAGAUGUAUUUCAGAAAUGUUGCAGAGGAGAUAUCGAAAGCUGAGUCUGAAAUAUUUAUUACUGAUUGGUGGCUAUGCCCAAAAUAUUUUCUAGUCAGACCAGCUGAAAGAGGAGUCAGGAUUUACAUUUUACAUUGGAGAGAGUCAAAAUUUGCAGUAAACUUUAACAGUUUGACUACUAAAUAAUAUUUAAUGGGGCUUCAUCCAAAUAUAAAAAUGAUUCGUCACUCCUCUGGUGCUAUUCAACUUUGGAGUCAUCAUGCAAAGUUAGUAAUUAUUGACUAGCAAAUUGUAUUCAUUGGUGGACUUGAUAUAUGUUAUGGAAGAUGGGAUACUAGAAAUCAUCCUUUGUACGAUGUCGGUAAAGGAGAAGAUGACUAAUGCCUAUAUCCUGGAAAAGACUUUUGUAAUGAAAGAAAUGUGCCAAUAUUAAAGCCUGAUGAUUAUAUUGAAUGCUCCUUAGACAGAGAUAAAUAAGCAAGAAUGCCAUUUCAUGAUACAGCUGUAUGUAUUGAAGGGGACUCUGCAAAUGAUUUAGCUCAUCAUUUUGUUCAAUUAUGGAAUAACUCCAAACUUAAUUAGCGCGAGUCAUAAAAUCAGACGUUAUCAGUCAUCACAACAAAGACUUCUAUUUUUGAUAAAGUUCUCCAUAAGAUGAGGAAAAAAUCUUCUUAAGUUUAAUAGAAUAAUUAAUUUGGAAACCAAAGAAACAAUGCCGAAGAAGCUAAGUUAAGAGAUAGAUCAAAUAUGAGUGUAUCAAAAGCUGAUUAUGAAAAUAGAUAUUUUGAAGAAGAUGCAAAAUUCGAUGAAGGAUUAGAAGGAAUUAUCUCUAAAAAUCUCAAUUUUAACCAGUUUAAUUAGAUGCAUCAAUCUAAAGUUCCUAAAAGUUUAUCUUACUUAAAUACGAGAUACAUAUCCAGAAUUUAAAACAUUUUUUAACGGCUCAAGCAAAGGAAGAAAAGUAUACCAUAGUAACCUUAAAAUUAGUAAAGCUUUGUUUCAACUCCAAAAAGCAACAAAGUCAUUGAUGCAGGCAAUUUAUCAUUUGAUCGUGAGAGCCAAAACAUAAGAUAUUUUACUCAAAUGAAAGGAAAUUUCAAAACAAAGGCUAAUAGAGAAGAUAAUCCAAGAAGCAUAUUUAGUGGAGUUGGCCCAUUUUUAAUAGAUGAUGGUGAGGAUCAUGAAAAUAUGGAUGAAAGAAUACUCUCUAAACUCGAACUUGAUUUGCCAAAAUUUGAAAACUAGAUGGAUGAUCAUGAGCAAGGUAUUAUAAUAUAGAAGUCGAACUUAUAACCUUUUAAAAAUAUCCAGAUCAUUGGUAAUUCUUAGUUUUCUGAUGAUGUUUUUGAAUCUAUAAGUUAGAUUGAACAGGAAGAUUUGAAUCAUGAUUUGAAUCUUGAGGACGAUAUUGAUCAAAAGAGUUCUAUUAGGAAAAGGAAGUCUAAUUACAAGGAACAGAGAAGUCCUUAUAUUAACACUCAAGAAGUUUAAAUUAUCAUGCAUACUCCUCAAAGGUAGGAAUCGAAAGCAAAAAUAAGAUAAAAAAACGACUCUUUUGUAGAGAAUGAUUUUCAAGGAAAAAUAAAUGGUCAUUAAAGAAAUUUGAUUUAGACUUUUCAUUCUCAAGGAAACAUAUUAGAUGAUUAAGUCGAUAAGGUAACUCAUAAAAAUUGCAAUAUAUAGGCUUUGAGAUCUUCUGCUCCUUGGUCUCUUGGCCUUCUUAAAGUCGAGCAUUCUAUAUAUGAAGCAUACAUUUAGCUAAUUGAGCAAUCAUAACACCUAAUCUAUAUUGAAAAUUAGUUUUUCAUCAGCUAGUGUGUAUUCAACGAUAGUGAUAGAACUAAUAUUAUAAAGAAUAAGGUCGGGUUGGCUCUAAGAGAAAGAAUUUUGAGAGCACAUAGAUUGUAGUAAGAAUUCCUGGUAGUAAUAUUCGUGCCAUUAAUGCCUGCAUUUGCUGGAGAUAUUUUAGACUCAAGCUCAUCGAUUUUGAGAAUUCAAAUAAACUAUUAGCUAAGUACUAUGGCAAGGGGGAAAACUUCUCUUAUAGAACUACUUAAGCAAGAUGGAGUCGAAGAUCCUUGGGAAUAUAUCAGAUUUUUUAGUUUAAGAACUCAUUCAGUACUUCCAACUAAUAAAAUGCCUGUAACUGAGAUGAUAUAUAUUCAUUCAAAAUGCAUGAUUGUAGAUGAUACUCAUAUCAUCAUUGGAUCCGCAAACAUCAAUGAUAGAUCGAUGCUUGGUUCAAGAGACCAUGAAGUUGGAGUGGUCAUUAGUUAAAACGAUAGAGAAGAUCAAAUCAAAAUUACUCUAGGGGGCAAGAAAGUAAGAGUAGGUAAGAUGGCUCAUUAAUUCAGAACUGAAUUAAUGAUGGAACAUUUCGGCUUUACUUAUGAUAUUAUUUAAGAUCCAAUCAAAAAUAAGCAAAGAUUGUUUGAUGUUGCUUAAAACAACUCUAAGGUGUUUUUUGAGAUUUUCAGAUGUGAGCCAGAUAACUCGAUUUCAUCAUUCGUAGAACUUCAAACAAUAAGAGAGCUAAGAAAUUAGGAGCAAGCGGAUGUUGAAGGUUUCAAAACCCAGUAUGAUAAAUUGAAAGAUGAAAUAUUUGGACAUGCAGUGAUAUAUCCUAUAAAUUUCUUAAAAGACGAACAAUUAGGUUUAAACUUUUUGAAUUCAGAAAUUUUUGUGCCCGAGAUAACCUUUGUUUGA